AUGAAGGUCGAGUUCGCCCCGCGCUCGGUGCCGCUGCAGAGGAGGCUCCAGACGGCAGCCGUGGCUCAGUGGGUCUUCAGCUUCCUGGGGCUGGCACCGUGCUGCAUCGCCGCCUUCAUCGCCCUCCUCUUCACCCGCUUCUGGCUGCUCAGUGCCCUCUAUGCCGUCUGGUGGGUCAUCGACAGGGAGCAGCCCAGGAAAGGAGGGCGGCGCGUCCAAUUCCUGCGGAACUGCGCCGUCUGGAGGCACAUGAGGGACUAUUUCCCCAUCACGAUGGUGAAGACGGCGGAGCUGGACCCCAGGAAGAACUACCUGCUGGGAUUUCACCCCCACGGGGUCCUGGCAGCUGGAGCCUUCCUCAAUUUCUGCACGGAGGCAUCGGGCUUUUCCACGCUCUUCCCGGGCAUCACCCCUCACCUGAUGAUGCUCUCCCUGUGGUUCCGUGUGCCCUUCUUCAGGGACUACCUGAUGAGUGGAGGCCUUGUUGCCUCUGACAAGGAGAGUGCCUCCCACGUGCUGCAGAGGCCUGGGGGGGGGAACCUGCUGGCCAUCAUCGUGGGGGGGGCUCAGGAGGCCCUGGAUGCCCGGCCAGGAUCCUGCACGUUGCUGCUGAGGAACAGGAAGGGGUUCGUGCGCUUGGCCAUCCAGCACGGCACCCCGCUGGUCCCCACCUUCUCCUUCGGGGAGAACGACCUCUUCGACCAGGUGAUGAACCCCAAGGGCUCCUGGCUGAGGUGGAUCCAGCACCGGCUCCAGAAGGUCAUGGGCAUCUCCCUGCCCCUCUUCCACGCACGAGGCAUCUUCCAGUACAGCUUCGGGCUCGUACCCUACCGGCGCCCCAUCUGCACCGUGGUUGGGAAGCCAAUUCCAGUGCAGAAGAAGCAGAAACCCUCCGAGCAAGAAGUGGAUCAAGUCCACGAGAAAUACCUGAACGAGUUGUCCAAGCUCUUUGAGAAGCACAAAGCUCAAUAUAAUGUCCCAGCAGACAGCCACCUGGAGUUUAUCUAG